AUGUCUCCAUCAUCUCAAAACACGACUAAAGAUAAUGAUCUGUCGUCCAAGCGAAGGCGAUUCCAACCACCGAUAACCUCCUUCUUCCCCGCAACAACAGGAACAGAUUACGCCGAUAGCUCCUGUGCCCCUCACUUAUCAUAUACCCACUACUCCACCACCACAUCCUCCCCCACCCCCGCCGUUGAUGCAAAGAUCCAAGCAUCGCUACUUUCAGUCGGCAUGCGCGUCCGCAAAUCAGUCGCAGAAGGAUAUAAAACCCGAGUUCCCAAUUCGAAGGACAAGCCAGCUCUCUAUACAAACAAGACCCCGAUCGUCGGAGGUCCAACUGCCUAUACCGAACUGACACCCUUCUGCGGCCUGAUGAAAUCAGGCGAAUCUGCAACUCAACCCAUGUCUCAUCCCUCCUCGUUGUCCUAUAAUCAAAUCGAUCAACUCAUCACGGAUGACGGAGAUGCUUUUUCUCUCCCAUCAAGUAGCCAGGAAUCGAUUGAGUCGGUUCAGACAACCGCACAGAAGCGAUCAUACGACUGUGACGAAGACGAUCUCAAAGAUACGUUCGAUGAAAUGCCGACUCAUGCGGGGAGCAAUUGGCCGAACUUCUUGGACCCGGGUACAGGGGUGGACUCCGUGCCUCCCCGUGCUAUCCUCACACCAAGUAUAAGGCAGCAGCGUCGUCAGUUUGUUGCCAUGGAGACACAAGCGAUUAUUGAUGUUGACGAUUUUGAAGAACCCACCUUCCUUCGUAGGCGCGAAGAGGUUGAUAUGGAUCUAUCAUGA